AAUAUUUUUUCAGAGAAUAAUAUGUCGGGGUACUCAAACAGGUUUACGUUUGCCUGUCUACCCAGAACAGAACGUGGGCAACCCAUUGUACUUGGGGAAGACCCUAAGGGUGAGAACUUCUUGUACUGUCACGGAAACAGUGUAGUAAUCAGGAACCUAGAUAGUCCACAGUACUCGGAGAUUUAUACUCAGCAUUCGACCCAGGUGAAUGUUGCCAAGUAUUCCCCGAGCAGGUUCUACAUUGCGUCUGCAGAUAAAUCUGGGAAGGUUAGAAUCUGGGAUACUGUCAACAAGGAGCAUAUUCUCAAGAACGAGUUCCAACCUAUCUCCGGACCUAUUAAAGACCUGGCCUGGUCCUCAGAUAACCAAAGGAUAGUAGUGGUCGGAGAAGGACGGGAGAAAUUUGGUCAUGUGUUCCUGGCUGAUACUGGAACCAGUAACGGAGAUAUUACAGGACAAACCCGUCCCAUCAAUACUGUAGACUUUAAGCCGUCUCGGCCGUUCCGUAUUGUGACCGGUAGCGAGGAUAACACUGCUGCUGUUUAUGAGGGUCCUCCAUUCAAGUUUAAAGCAACCAAGAACGAGCAUACAAGAUACUGCCAGGUUGUACGCUACUCCCCUGAUGGAAACUAUUGGGCUAGUGGUGGCUUUGAUGGAAAGAUAUUCUUGUACGAUGGUAAGGACAGUGAGUUGAAGGGAGAGCUCUCUGGUCACACCGGAGGAGUUUAUGGAUUAGCGUGGGACGGAUCAGGACGGAAACUACUCUCCGCCAGCGGAGAUAAAACAUGCAGGUUGUGGGAUAUUGAGACUCAGAGAUGCAUAACAACCUUUAAUAUGGGAACUCAAGUGGAGGAUCAGCAGGUCGGAUGCUUGUGGUCCGGUCAACACUUGAUAUCCGUUUCUCUCUCCGGGUUCAUCAACUACCUGGAUAUCAAUAAUCCAGAUACUCCUAAAUUAAUUAUCAAGGGCCAUAAUAAACCCAUUACUGCUAUGGAUCUAUCCUCUGAUAAGAAGACGAUCUAUACCGGAGGUAGUGAUGGAACUGUAACCGCCUGGGAUCCUGAGUCAGGGAACAACCAGAGAAUCGGGGGAUCAGGACACGGAGCUCAGAUCAUUCAGAUCAAAGGAACUAAUACUGGAGUGGCUAGUAUCGGAUUUGAUGAUACACUACGUGGAGUAGAUGGUGGCAGUGGAGAAUAUACAGGACCUGCUCAACCCCUCUCCGCUCAACCUAGAGCUCUAGAUAUUAAAGGAGAUCUCACCGUCACUGCUACUCUAAAGAGUUUAGUUCUGCAACGAGGAGGAAACCUCAUGUUUGAGGAGAAGGUUGAGUUCGAGCCUAGCAGUGUCAACUACUCAACCAGUCUUGCUCAUCUAGCUGUAGGGGAGGCAGGCGGGAACCUUCUCAGGAUCUACAGUGUUCAGGAAGGUGGGCUGGACCUGGUAAAAGAGAUCCAGUUGACUGGUGCUGUGCAGGAUCUGAUGUAUUCUCCAGAUCAGAAAUAUCUUGUUGCUGCAGACAGUAAUAGGAAGGUGAGUGUGUAUACAGCCGGAUCCUACGAGAAACCUCAUAAACAAGAAUGGGGGUUCCACACCGCUAAGGUGAACUGUGUAGCCUGGGCUCCUAACUCCAUCUAUGUGGCGAGCGGUGGACUAGACUGUUCUAUCAUUAUCUGGUCCAUGGACUUACCUGACAAACAUUGUAUUAUGAGAAACGCUCAUGAUCAGAGUCAAAUAACCCGUGUAAGCUGGUUGGAUAACUCAUCCCUUGUAUCUACUGGACAGGAUGGAAAUACCAAGAUAUGGAAUAUUACCUGGCCAAACUAAAGGUUGACCUGCGUGCCUUUGGAUGCUUCUCAUCUUACAGAAGAUCUUCUCCCUCCUCAUCUCAGGAGCUUGUCUUUUCUAUAUUUAUAAUAACUCCCACAACCCUGGUGCCUAAAUUUAAAAAUUUUAUUUUAAUUAAUAUUUUUACUAAUCGAACCAAAGUUUUGGAACAAUGUGAUUUUAUGAUAAACCCUUCAUCAGCCCGGAAUCGGAUAAAACUCAUUUUUGGAUUUUAUAAUAUCAAACUGGCCUUGGCCAAUAUUUAGAUUGUGCUAGCUUCUGAAAACAAAGAUAAAAGAGGGAAUCAUAGAAAUAUUUUCUUUGUACACUCGGUAUAUGUAUUAGCUCUGUAUUUGUAUAUUGUAUAGUCCAGUUAAUGGUGGUAAGGCAAGUUGCUUGUCAGAGCAUAGUGUACAUUGUACAUCAUGUACAGUGUACAUUGUACAUCAUGUACAGUGUACACGUAAUCUGCCAGUAUUGUAAUACGUCGUACAUUAGGAACACUUUGUAUUUAGCUCACUUCAAUAGAAUGAACUUGGUUGAAACUAGUUCACUGUUCAGUGUACUCUAGUUUACUCCAUGGUUUACCAUAUCUUAAUGGCUGAUAAAUGAUGGUAUGCGUGAGAUGUCUUCCUUUGAAUAAAAAAUCCACAUUUU